GGCAAGAUCCGUUCCAGUUCCAGCUUAACUGCGCAGGUCCGGAUACACAGCUGUUCGUCGCAAAAUGUCAGUAGACAUCAACCAAAACAAAGAAGUGCGUGAUACAAAUCUACAACAGAUUCCAAUGUGUUUUUCCUGAUUUUCAACAUGCCUUGGUACCAUAAUAUUGUACCAGAAAGUAUAAAAAAGAACGUGUGUGCAUGUUUGUUGCAAAGAUACUUCGGACAAUUUGUGGAAGAGAAAAUACGAAGAGAACAGUUAAAUGUUGAUUUGUACAAUGGCACAGGGACCGUCGAAAAAAUCAACCUUGAUAUACAGGUUCUCAAUGAGCUUAGUGAAAAACAAAAUUGGCCCAUGGAAUUUGUUGAUGGGUACAUAGAGAAAUUGUAUUUAUCAGUACCAUGGACAUCUAUACUAAAGGAUCCAAGUUAUGUUGAAGUUAGGGGAUUGAAGAUAACAUUACAACCUAAACAAAGACAUGAAUGUGCCACAUCAAUGUUUGAGUCCAUGUGGAACUCGAUGACAAGCUCAAUGCAACUAGCUGAAGAGUAUGCCAAGCAAGAAGCUGCCAAUGCCACAAACAGUUCACAACCAUAUGAGGGUAUUGAACUGUUUGCACAAACUAUUGAAUCAAUUCUUAGUCGUGUCAAGGUUAAAUUUAUUGAUACAGUGAUCCAGAUUGAACAUGUCCCAAAAGAUAGCAGUACAGGAGUUGGAAUUGUUAUCAAUGUGGACCUUAUUGAAUAUUCCGACGAAUCUGGCAACGACCCAACCCCUGAGGAAGCGACAGAUCUGACAAACCAAGACAGCAAGAAAGCAUACAUAGUCCAAUCUGUCACAACAAAGAAAUUCAAUAUCCAAGGCGUGACAUUAUCCACAGUUGAGUUUUCUAGUAAAGCUCGAACAUUCUCAAGAUCUGUACUGCUUUCACAGUCUACAUGCCAGCAAUUGGAUAAAGAGACUGAAGAAUCUGUAGCGACUAUGUUAAAUAGAAGUACAAUUGAAGAACAAACAGAAGAAGAGGAGACACAGGUGUUCCCACCUGUAGAUGAAAAAGAAAAGACGCCCGAUCCAAAUCUGAAUGGGCAUAGACAUGUUAUAGUUUUUGGAAAGAUGAACGGUGGACAAGAGAUCAGGAUAAAGCUGAAACACAAACAAAAUCUGAUUGGCCCAAAAGUAUCCUUGGACAUGAAUUUCGGAUCUCUCGUGAUCUUUCUGUCUCCAAGGCAGUUCCAUGUGCUGUUAGAAUUAGCUAAUGGGCUGGCCAGACCAGAUACAGAGGAUACCAGCAAUAUUCCUCCAAGGGCAAGAUGUAACACAAAACCAAUGACAACAAUGGAUUAUCAACGAGUUGAGCAGGAGUUACAACAUCAGUUGCAACCAUUUUCUCUGCCCUCAUCUGGGUUGCAGGCUGGACGUGGGUGGUCCACGGCAGUCUUGGAUGACAGUGACAGUGAAGAAAACUUCCUACCUCUACGGAACAACAUACAUGGAAUGUAUGAUAGUACAUUGUCAGGAAUUAGCAGUAGUAUGGAAUCUAGUUUGAACUCUAGCAUAGCUAGUUCCGCUACCGAGCAGACCAGUCGUACCAAACGAAGACUGAAUAAUAUUGAGUCGGACCCCACCGCCGAAAUAUCCCAUUUUCAAAUACGAAUGGCAUCCUUGGCGUUGAUAUUAUUACACGAAGAUCUGUUGGUACAACCUGUAGAGAGAGAUCAAAUCCUUGCCCUCUCUAGCGUUCAACAGAUGCAACAAACUGCUGACGAGUUUUUCACGAAACUUGGACAUUGUGUACCAACUGCGUAUGGCCACAAUGAUUUUGAGAAUGUUAAGGACGUGUUUGAUAAGGCGUGUUCUCUAAAUCAUUUGAGAUUGUUGGCCGCUCCAGUUCAAGCGGAAGGUGACGAAAAGACUACCCUCUCCGCCUUUGCUAUCACGGGUCAGGUAUCGAUAGCAAAACUCCAACUUUUAGAAUGUCUGUACAAUACUGACGAUGACGGCACAAUUUUAGCUGUUCCUCUUUUGAGUUUCGGGGAAAACCCCACUUUCACGCCUUCUAGUCCAAGCGCUAAACCUAGUUUGAGGUUAAGCUUCAAACAUAUUGAGAAGUCAUCUAAAUGCGGGGCAUUGAACAGAAAUUAUGGUCCUAGGAGUGACAUUUCAUUAGCCCUGAAUAAAUGUACCGUGGAAUUUGAUAUAACGAUAAUAGACAGACUGAAUGCUCUACUACACCGUCCAACGAUAUGUUUUAUAGAAAAAACAAAAUAUAAUCCUUGGACUGGUGGUAUAAUUCCUGCCCCUCUGGAACCUCUCGACACCAUUGAAUCUCGUCUAGAUGUGAAGAUUAGUUCAUCAUGUAUCAAUUUGAAACUAAGGUUUCCUAUCCCAGACUUUAGACCAACCCAUGACAUGAGCAGAACUCCAUGGUGGAAAAGAAACGUCCGACCAGAUUAUGUGUCGUUUAUUAUGACAGAAGCCGUGUUUUUCACUACCUUCCAAACCAAUCAGGCACUGAAAGAAUACACGAUACAGAGCAGAGGAUUGGACAUUUUUUACUAUGAGACUGAAAAUAGUAUUCCACUUCACAUAGCCAAGGCUGGAUUCGAUGACAAGUACGCAUCGUCGAUGCAGGAUAUUUUGUUACAUACUAGGUUAAAUAUAAAAGUGUUUCCCAAACGAUCGACAGAGUUAGAGGAAGUUACAGAACCAGAACAGGACCCCAUGACAACGUCUUGUUAUGGUGCGUUUGAGAAUCAGGAUAAUAAAGAGCCAGGUCCAUUCAGUGCUAAAAAAGUGGUACAUGAAAGUGAUACUCCACACUCAAAGCGUCAAAAGGAUGAUGUUGAAGAAUUGAUCAUGCCCGGCGACAAAGCGGAAAUCAACGAAUUCAUCCGUCAGUCAUCAGCUUGCACAAAGAUCCAAGUGGAAAUGUUUCUUCCCACAGUUUCACUGCAGUUCAAGUCGAAACACAUCUACGAACUGAUAUACAAUCGGAUCAGCAACGAUUUGCUGCUGUGGUCUCCAAGCGCUCCCAAGCCUAAGAGCGUUUAUGAUACUGGAAACCAUGCCAUGUAUAGUGGGUUCGUGAGGAAUGUGGUGGCGGAACCUGAUACGUUUACGAUGUGCAAGAGUGGAAUUCAGUAUGAUUCUGAAAGUGACACUGACAGCGAAUCCGACAACAGCAGCAACAUCUUCUAUUCGACCUACGACAACCGCAUGAAAUUCACAUCGGUACGACCUCAAGUACUGUCAGCCCCUAAGACGGUAGGCCAAAGCUACCUCACGCUCAACAUCCAGAUAGGACAGGGUGUGAUGUGCGUCAACCCUCCUGUAAGGGAAGCCAGCACCAAAAACGUCAUACCUGGCCAACAAGGGGAGUUCAUGCUGAAUCUAGAGGAUGCUAAUGUGUUCGUGGUGAGCGGCUAUAAGGGCGAGACGAAUUUGGGAUAUGUGUGCGUGCAGGUGCAUAAUGCUCAGCUGUAUCACUGUGAUAUGAUAUCAAUACCUAGUCAAACUCCGCCAUUGAAGGAAUUUGGUUCAGCUCCAGGGAGACAUUUGUUUCCUACUAUUUACAAAUCGGAACCAGGAAUGCUGGUUUGUGGUAAAAACAGGGGAGGUAACAGAGAAAUGUUCAGUGUAGCUGUUAAAAUUCAAGGGAGGCAUGAAACUCAUCAUGUUAAGACUGUACAAAUAGCAAUUGGUCUGAACAAAUCUACUUUGAGACAUCGGGUGUGCAAUGAACCAAACAGCUGGAUUACUCACCUCAUAGACUUUUUCAAAGUUCACGAUUAUCCUAUAAAAAGUUAUCAUUCCAAAGACGUGCUAACCGAACUUCAUGUAAACCUCUGGGAUUGUGCUGUAGAUUACAGGCCUUUGAACAUACCCGUGCGAUGUGCCAUCACAGUGGGUAACUUCAGCUUGUCCUCUCACAUAUCUGCCCAUGCGAACUCAUCCACGUUGAGGUUCAUCUUCGAAGACUGCAACCUGUUUCUCAGCGAGAGGGCGCCACCUAGGAACGGAGUUGCUUCCAGCGCUCCAGUAGAUUUGAAACGGGACUACGUCAACGUCAUUGAAGUGGGGCUGUUCGAACUGAGUCUCAAAACAAGUGAUAAGAAAAGUGGCGUUAAUCCACAUAUCGACCUGCGGGCCUCCAACAACAUCGUCCACAUCCAUACGUGCGCCGACAGCGCCCGCAUGCUCAUGCAACUCAUCAAGUACUUUGCCUCUGAUGGAGACCUGACAAAGCCGCAGCCAUCAGAGGACGUGAGCGGCAGCCCCAGGAAGCAGUCCAACGAGCAGGAGUUGAUCACGGUCGAACCGCAGGGAUUCAGCAAACUAUCGGACAGUCAGCACGAACAUGUUAAUGAGAUGAUAGGGGAGGCUAUGAAGGAGAGCACGAUUGUAGAAGAGUAUUUUUUCUCAGACGACGACCUACCACCAACUGGUACUAAACUGUUCUUCUUUCCCGACGAACAUCACAUACCUCCACGUCCAGAGCCCAAAGUAAAGCCCCUGCCUCAAGUUACCAGCGAACUGGGUGACCUGUCCAAGCGUCCCGUUCAAGGUAGCGAUACUGACGAUGAGUUCUGCUUUGUAGGUCACGAAUCAUGUCUUGGAAUGUUCCCCAAAGGAGGCAUUCCAGAGAUAAAAUGGCUAAGUGGUGACUCCCUAAGGGUAGUAGAAGGCCACUUUUCCAUCCCUAUAGGCAAAUCUGACCUCUUAAAACCUCCAAAAAACUGCCCAACGCCGGUAUUGCGAUAUACGUUGUACGAUAUGUCAGUCGUGUGGCACAUGUACGGAGGGAACGAUUUCAAACUGCCUGAAGGGAAUGGUAGUAAAAAGAAGACUGUUAAUUUUUCUGAUACUAAUUUAAACGAUAAUGUUAGUUUUUCCAAUGUAAGUAAGGGUGAAGUAACCAUAGCAUCAAUGGCUGACAAGAAAAAGGCUUCGAUGUCCUGGCUGCAAAAAGGUGGUGUGAAUAGGGACCAUAGCGUUCAUAUGGAAUUACAGUUAAAUAAGGUUAGAUUUCAGCAUGACGUGUACCCUGAUACGACCAGGGAGGCAUCAAGGCAGGUCCUAAUAGUUUCCGAAGUCGAAAUCAGGGAUAGGUUAGAAUCAAGUCAAAUAAACAAAUUUUUAUAUCAAUAUACUAGUCAGGCGAUGCCAAAGCAGUCACAUGCUCAUAUGGUUAUAGUGAAAGCGAUGCAUAUAAGACCAGAUCCGAAACUAAAGACUCAAGAAUGCUGCCUUAAAAUCUCUCUGUUGCCACUUAGGUUAAAUAUAGAUCAAGAUGCUUUGUUAUUCUUAAUAACGUUUUUUAAUGAGCUUAGCUGCGGAGGACCGUCAAAAAUCGAUGAAGAGCAACAACCUUCAUCGAAACACAGCACCCCCACUCAUCAACCCCCUGUGAUGACAAUAAAUGAUGAAGCUGUAAAGAGACAGGCUCACAAAGUUGUCAACGACAAUCUUAUUAUACUGAUAGAAGAAAACAAGCACCAACAGGAGAUGGAAUCAUCUGUUAGUAGUACCACGAGUAGUGUUUCGGAUUGUUCGCCGGUAUAUUUCAGAAAUGUGGUAUUCUCUCCGGACGUUCUCAUUCGUCUAGACUACCAUGGCAAAAGGGUGGACAUGACGCACGGUUCCCUACCAGGUUUGCUCAUGGGCCUCGGCCAGCUGAACUGCUCCGAACUAAGACUGAAGAGGAUCAACUACAGACAUGGACUGCUUGGUAUGGACAAACUGAUAUCGCACUUGCUGCAAGAGUGGUUGAACGACAUCAAGAAGAAUCAAUUGCCUAGCUUGUUGGGUGGUGUGGGACCAAUGUACUCGCUGGUACAAUUAUUCCAAGGAGUCCGCGACCUCUUCUGGCUACCCAUCGAACAGUACCAGAAGGAUGGCCGAAUCGUCCGUGGGCUUCAACGUGGUGCCAACAGCUUCACGACCUCCACAGCAAUGGCCGCGUUGGAACUGACCUCGCGCAUCAUCCACUUAAUCCAGAUCACUGCUGAAACUGCAUAUGACAUUCUGUCGCCAGGCCCUAGCGUCAGGAGGCCGGUGAGGAACAAGGGGGGCAAGGGUUCCAGGAGAAGGAGGUACCACCAGCCGCAGGAUAUCAGAGAGGGGAUGACUAAUGCUAUUAUGUUAGUCAAGGAGGGCAUAGGCGAAACCGCUGACAACAUAGUCCAAGUAGCCUCACAUGAAAAGGAACAAAAAGGUUACAGCGGCGCCGUCGGUGGUGUUCUUCGCCAAAUCCCUCCUACCAUUUUGAAACCGAUUAUCAUCGCUUCGGAGGCCACCAGCAACGUUUUGGGCGGGAUGAGAAGCCAGUUGGUGCCCGACGCACGUAGAGAGGCGAAUCAAAAAUGGAGGAGUGAUGAAACUUGAACGAGGGUGUGGUGUUUGUGAUAUGCAACUGAUUGUGAUCGGGGAAAGGCAUGUGUUCUGAUGGUUUUCACGAUAGGCUUCAACAUGAGGAUUAUUAUUUCUUACUAUUAGGAAAGUAAAUUGUCUACUGCUCAGUUGUUGCGUUGUUGCAUAAGUUUUAUUUUUACUAGCAUGGUUUAAAUUUAAAUAAUAAAUAAUUUAAAUUUGAGUAGUUUCAUCGUGCGUCAGUUUAGUUUUAACGGAACGUUUUCGCCAGGCAGCAU